AUGCCCAAGAGAACAACUCUUAAUGAUACACAAAAACAUGAGCUUUGUCAUUAUAGAACUGUUACUUAUUCAGAACUUGAUCUUGCCCUCAAAAAGUUCAUGCUAAUUUAUCAGCAUCAGACAAUUUUAAGUGAUGCUUUACUUGAUAAAAAAGCAAAGACACUUGCUGAUAGUUUGGAAAUUCCUCAAGGAGCAUUAAACUUCUCUUCUAGUUGGCUUUAUAAAUUUAAAAAUCAAAAUAGUAUUUAUCUAUACUUGCUUCAAGAAGAAUUUGUAUCUGCUAAUGAAGUAGCAAUUAGCAAUAUUAUAUUAGUAUUAAAAAAUAUAUAUACAAAUUAUUCUGCUAAAAGAAUCUAUGACAUGGAUGAAACUGACUCUGUGCUUAAUGACAUUGCAGAUGCACUUAAUGCUCUUAACUUCUUUGACUCUAUACAAGUUGAUGAAUUUUUGGCAAUUCCUAAAGAAAACAUUGUUUAUGAAGUCCCUUCAGAUAAUUGA